ACCAAUACGGGCACGCCAUUAUUUUACAAGACCAAUUGCGAAAAUCGCGUUCUACGUUGUUAAGCCGAACGGGAAAAAGCCUGAACGUCUUGUAAAAUUUACAAAAAUCGUUUUAAACGUUGUCAAUAUUCGGUUUUGUGUGGUAUUAAAGUGGUGCCCUAGUUUCAGCUGUUUGCAAGCGCCGCAAGUACAACAAGAAUUGGAAAGAAGAAGAAAAUCAACUUCAGGCAGCGAGUAACAAAAAAAAGCUAAACGGCGACCAUUCACACGAAUAAUAAUGCUUCAACAAAAUACAAAUAAAAGCGGCGGCAGCAAGCCGCCGAGUCCAGAAAUUAUAACCUACAGUCCGAGCAAAUUCAUGACCCGAGUUGGUCCAGGCGAAAACACAUACACCACAAACACACACUUGCGCACACACACACACACACACGCGCAGGCAGCUACGGGAACAGCAGCGACCGUAACAACAAAAACAAAUAAAUCGACCGGAGCCAGCGGCGGAUCCACAUCGUAUUAUGUGGUGAAGGCUGGCUCAUUGGGCAGCGCAGCAUCAAUGACGGGUUCAGUUAAAGUUAGCACCCCACCCAAGGCCUGCACAGUGAUGAAGUCCCCAUCGCUAGCCGUCACAUCGCCCGCCACACCAACCGAGAGUUCUAGCACCAUCUCCGCGCCCAGUGAAUCCUCUUUUUGCAACGACAAAAUGGAGCACAGCUACAUGAGGGAUCCGCCCAUUCGAAGCGAUGUCUGUAAUGGACUGGCACCUGCCCGUAAUGUAUUGGUACGUCAUCCGCCGCAGUGUACCAUUUGCCACACAUAUCCACAGAGCGAAGAGAUGACAGAGUUUCAGCAGGCCCAUGUGCCGCCGUAUGAUGAGAUAGCCGCCAAGGAGGCCAUGCAUGAGUGCGCCCGCAUCGCCAAGUAUGUGAAAAACAACAACUCUGAUGAACAGGAUUGGGUGGCUCGCGUUAAUCAGUUUGGCUGGACACCUCAGCAGCAGCUUCUGUUCGAGAAAGUCACUGCCAUAUUGGAUGAGGACCAAUUGGCACGUUUGGCCAACGACAAGAGACAACACGAAGCUCUGCAUCGGCGCGUGGCCAUUGACAAGUCCGCCUCACGUCUGCGUAAAGCUCUGGCCAAUGUAAACUGGGACCAACGCAUCACACAGUGGCUGCAUGCGCUGCUAAUGGAGCACUUGUCGCCAUCUUACAUGGCUUCCUAUCUGGACAUUCUGCAGACACUGAAAUCAAAGUUGCCCACACUGGUGGACAAGAUGCUAUUCAGCAGGCCGCUUAACACCUCACAGGAACUCUUGGCGCCGGUCAUGAAGAAGCGUUGGGAACCUAUCAUCCUGCCCAAGGGGCGUCAAUUUUCGCAUAAUGCCAUUAUGGUGGUGCUACCCACCAUGCCUACCAGUGGCCAUGUUCCAGAACGAAUGCAGAAGUGGUAUCAGGCGUUGGCCACCAUAACCCAGGUGGUGCAAAUUACGCUUCCCAACACGAACAACCGAAUUGCUAAUCACAAUCUGGACCAAGUGGCCGAGACGAUUGUUUCGCUGACUCGGGUUAAAAUCCACGAAUUGCGCACAGAGAAUCCAAACCGUGGGAUCAUACUGAUCGGUUUUAAUGCCGGAUCUGCCUUAGCACUGCAGGUGGCUAUUUCGGAGAGUGUGGCCUGCGUGGUGUGCAUGGGCUUUGCCUACAACACAGCACGUGGUCCGCGAGGAGCUCCCGACGAUCGCAUGCUGGAUAUUAAGGCUCCGAUUCUGUUCGUCAUUGGACAGAAUUCGGCCCGCACCAGCCAAGAGGAAAUGGAGGGACUGCGGGAACGGAUGCAGUCCGAAUCUGCCUUGGUGGUGGUGGGCAGUGCGGAUGAUUCGCUGCGUGUGCCAAAGAGCAAGCGGCGCAUCGAGGGCGUGACUCAGUCAAUGGUGGAUGCCAUGGUGAUUGAUGAAGUAUUCGACUUUGUCAAUCGUACGUUGAACAACCCUCCCGGGCCUCGGAUGCCCACGUCGCUGAUGAACAACCAAAACUACCAACGACAGUCCAAGCCGUCCCACAUUUUGGCGGAUGGAAAUGCCAACAAGGCGGCUCAGAUGAUGCGAAAGCGAAAGAUUGAUGGUGUACUGGAGGAUGGGAUGUGUACUCCAGCAAAGUCAAAGUUCCCCCCGCACAGUCGUGCCUCCAAGCCGAAGCCGCCGCGCCUCAUUGAUCCGUUUGCUGCCAAGCGAAAGGUUGGAAGACCUCGCACCCGCCCAAUGCCCAAAGCAGUCGCCUCGGCUGGCUUGGGAAGCAAAAAAAAAAGUACAUCUUCCCCUCAAGAAAAACCGAUCCUAAGCAGCGAUGAACUUAAUCAAUCCAUUGAAUUCAUAUUAGAUGAGACCUUGGAGUACGAGGACACUCAGUCCCCUGGUGGCGCAGUUGGUGCUGCGGCAUCACCAGCAACAAUUACCGGAGGAUCGGCUCUACCCAAGGUUAUCACACCAGCUGCACUGGGCAAACCGCAUCCCACUCCUGUCAACCUGGCAGCCGGCACCAAGAUCAAAAUGAUUCCGCCGAAUCAAUUCGUGCAGAUCAAGACGCUACCCAACCAGGUGGCGAACGCGAAGCUCAUCAACUACGCCCUGAAUAAACCUGGCGGUGGGACGCCUACCCAUUCCACCAUUGGUAACAUUGUAAAGACAAUCCCAGGCCCAUCAGGCAGUGGUCAGCAGGUGUACACCCUCAAAACACCCGCUGGGCAAUCGACUCAGUUUGCAUCCGCAUCCGGAACGGGGGCCUCCUCCUCCCAGGGUCAGCAGAAGUACACGGUGUUUAAAAACGCCAACGGCAUGACUAUGCUGCAGCUCACCAAGAAUGUGUCCACUCCGCCAGCCAGCAGCUCAUCGUCGAGCAUGGACCUAUCCAACAUCAUCGAUAUGCCCAUUGUGUUUGCCGACAACGAGGGCAACAUUGCAGAUCAGCAGAAACAAGCGGAUAAAGAUCACAAGCCAGUGCCUAUUCGGAACGCGAACAAGAGUCCUCUGAUCAUUAGCCAGAAAAUCAUUAAGGAGGCCAACAAGCCGUCCGGUAUGGUCACCACCAGCAAACCAGGCACCAACAUAGUACUAAACAAGGGACUCCACCAGUUGUUGACCCCCUCACCGGUGGGUGGCGGUCAGAACAAGGUGGUAUAUCUCAACCGGAAUUCUAUAAAGCCAGUCACCGGUGCACAUCGCGUGCCCAUACGCAUUGUGAGCAGCCCAAAGACCAGCGUGCCAUCGAAUACCUCUAGCGCCACAAGCAGUCCUCUGCUGGUCGAUCCUGCUACAGGAUCUCUUGUUCCCAGUGUCAAGACGGUGAACAUACAGACGAUCAAACCAACGACGACGUCCCUUCCAGCAGGAGCUCUCCGCAAUGUCACCGUGGGCAAUAAGACCUACCAGCAGUUUCAAGUAAUUAACAGCCCGGCUGGAUCUACAUCGGUAUCGGCCGAUGGUAAGGCCGUUCGGAACAUAUAUUUCAAAUCGGCUGCCGGAUUGAAACAAGUACCCGUUCAGAUGAUAGCUAAUAGAGUUGGCUCUUCGACAGCGCCGCCUGGAACUGCUGUGCGCCGGGUGGUUAACAUUGGUCCCGUCUCCAAGCUAUCAACCGCUUCGGGCGUCGCCGACUCCAAGGUUAUUAAGCUUCAGACAGCAGUGUCUGUAGCAGCUCCUUUAAGUCAGAGCAAAAACUAGGAUAAGAAAUAGCUUAUAGUAACUAAUAUAUGACCUGUUAUUUUGGUUCUUACCUUAUUACCUUAUAGAUAUAUAGAUUGACACUGUAAAUAUGUUAAUAAUACCAUAAAUAAGUUUGAAAGAAACGAA